AUGAACGAUAUAAAUCAAGAUAAUACAACUUCCACUACAACAACUACUACAACAACAAAUACAACAUUGUCAACAACAACAACAACAACCAAAGAAGAUAGACAAUUUAAAGAAAGAAAUAACUAUUAUAUAAAGAUUGGUAAACAUCAUGUCAUACCAUUACUCUUGAUACUGCAUAGAUACUCUACAUUUACAGAAUAUCAUUUUCAAGAGUUGAUCAUUAGCAUUCAAGAAUUAGUAUUGAAUCAUUUAAGAAAGAAUGAUGCACUAUUUUCAAUGUUUUAUGAUUCAAUGUCUACCGAUAGAAUCGUAGAGAGACCAAAGUUAUUCUCUUUACCACAUUUCAACUACACCUACAAGUUUGUACCAACCUUUCCAAGAUAUGCUGUUGUCAUUAAAAAGCAAGGUUUCACUUUACCUCUACCACCUCCCAAGAGAGUUGUACUUUACGUUGGUUCAAAUAAUACAUUGGUAGAUUCACCUUUAUUGAAUGACAAUACUGAUAGUAAUAAUAAUCAUGACGAUGCAACAACAAUAAGCGAUGAUAGUGAUAAUGAUGAUAAUGAUGCAAAUAUUAUAGAUGUUGAUGGUGAUCAACGACAACCUAAACAACAACAACAACAACAAAAGUUAACAGCCAAAAAAAGAAAGAGUACAGAUACACAAACACCACCAAGAAAAUCACCUGCAAAAUCAUCAUCAUCAUCAAACAAUACCUCCACUUCUAUAGCAUCACCACCAAAAAGAUUAAUAGCAGAGGAAAUCAUUGAAAUUGAUGGUGAUGAGACAAUAGAAAGUAUUGCCACAAAGAAUGUUGCCAAACCAAAGGCAAAGUUAAUUAUUCCAUCUGUUCCAAUUGCAUUGGACGAUAGCAAUAAUGGAGAUGCAGAUGACAGUGGAAGCGAUCAAGAAUAUCAUGGAGGUGAAUUUGAAGGUCAAGAAUGGUAA